AUGAAGUACUCUACUAUCCUCUCUACCCUGGCUACGGCUGGCGCCGUGUCGGCCCAGGCGAACCCUACGGCCACUCCUGCCGCUUGCCCAGCUGCCGGCGAGACCAAUGCUGCUGGUGACUACGGUUGCAACCCCAACCGUGAAUAUCCAGGCCAGGCCUGUGCUCUCAUCGGCAACUGCUAUGUUCUGCGCGGCCUAGGCCUGCUUUCUACCUCGACAAACAGUGCCAACCCGACAGCCAGCCCUGUUGUCUGCCCGGCCGCUGGCGAGACCAAUGCCGUUGGCGACUAUGGUUGCAACCCCAACCGCAAAUACCCCGACCAGGUCUGUGCUCUGAUCAACGACUGCUACAUUCUCCGCGGUCUAGGCCUGGCUUCCACCACGACAAAUAGUGUCAAGACGACCCCUGGCCCAUACACCUCUACCAACACGGGCAACCCACCACAACCCACCACCUUUGUCCCCGUGACUCGCAACGUCACCUCCGUCAUCAACGGCGUUACCACCGUGAUGCCCGUUGUUCACAGCAGCGUUGUCCAGAGCGCCUACACUACCACCGGGCCUGACGGUGCGCUCACGACUGUCCCGGCUCAGACCAUUCCAGCCGCCACUAACGGUCCAAACGGCGGUUCAGAUGGCGGUUCAGAUGGCGGUUCAGAUGGCGGUUCAGAUGGCGGUCCAAACGGCGGUCCAAACGGCGGUCCCACCGACGGUCCCACUGCUGGUGGUGCUCACCUGUCUGUCGCCGGUGGUCUUGCUGCGCUCGCAUUUGCCGCUGCCCUGGUGUAA